AUGACAGACAGCAGGACAGCACUGUCCAUCUAUAGAUUUUAAUUAAUGUCUAUCUGAAUUCUUAAUAAGGAGUUGUCACAAAUUGUCGCGAUUCAAGGGAAGCUCUAAUCUAAUUAAGACUUUUAAUCUUUUCGCACAUCUUGACUCAAUUGAUCUACGUGAUGGAGGAGUGUAAAUCCACAAAGAUAUUGAGAAAAUUCCAAGUUUCACUGAUAUUCCAAGAUUCGCUUACAUUUGAUUAUGGUACGAAUGUGAUACAAUAUAUGGAUAAUUGUUCGCGGAAAGUCGAUAGAGCGCAAGAAUUUUGUCGAUUACGGCGGUUUGAAUAGAUUCAACGCGGUGGAAGGAAAAGCCACCCGGAAGAGUUUUGAGACAUCUCGGUCGUUGUUUGAUCGGCCAAUCGGUAGGCAGCAGCAAAACGGCUGGCAUGCCGAGGCACAGCCGCGCCUCGCCUUUAAUAAUAGAUAAAAACCGCAGGCAUUCGUGCCGGAAAAAGAACAGAAACCGAGAGCAUCCCAACAGAGAGGAAGAGAGCGAGAGAGGGAACGGAGAGAGAGAGAGAGAGAAAAGAAAGAGGAAAAGAAGUACAGCCUUCAGUUUGGCUUAAAAACGCACGAAAAACGCACCGUCAGUUAGCCGGCCAGUCAUUAUCAGUCGUCACUGUACCCGUGUCUCAAUCUCAGUUGAUUUGACCGAAUUUUCAUCAACGUGGAGGAUAUCACCUAGUCAUGGAAAGGAAUAGGGAGACUGUUCGUUUAAAGUCCAAGAAUAUCAAAAUAAAUAUCUCUCUUCUGUCGGUGCGAUAACUCAAGGAGCGAUGACUCUCGUCGAUCUCUAGUCUAUCGCGAAUGAGUCGCCAUUGAACGGAAAUGUCUUUAAACAUCCACGAGUUUCUAACAACUUGCGUUAGAAACGUUAUUAAUUGUUCUCCGAAUUAAAAUGGUAGCUUUUUCUUUAUAUGAUCGCGCGUUGCGCAGUGUCAAAAUGCCAGAUGCCAAAUAAAAUAAUCGAGUAUCGAGUCAAGUCCAAUAAUCGUGUUGCCCUUGCCGUCAUGAGUCAUGAGGAUCGUUAGAGAUCCGCUUUGGAUCUCUUCUCGAAACCAAAGACGAUCCCGGGUGACGAUGCGAUGAGAGGACGAGCGGGGUAUUUAGGUAUUCCUUGGAUAUGACGUUGCCAUCGAUGCAGAGAAGCUUGCUGGGAUUGACGGUGCUGACGAUCGUUGGCCUGACGACUUUCCUACUCAGCAGGAAGCUCACGCUCGAGACGCGCCGGCGGGACGGCUUACUCCUCGAUAUGAUCGCUAACAUUAGCGGCCACUUGGAUCGACUUGACAGCGGCUUCGACGAUAUUGCUGCGCAGACGGGAAUUACGCGGAAUCGCCUGCUGCAACUGGUCGCGCUCCAUAGGGAGAAUCUCUUGGCAUGUGCGUUACUCGGCGAAAAACGGAGGCAGAUGCGAAUGUCCAGCGAAAAACCGGCUAGGAGAAGAAGACGACGGUUCGUCGUAACGCACCAUCGAUAAUCGACUCGAGAGGCUUUUAUCGGAUGUGAGAAGAUGCGGGACGUAUUAAAUCGUUGUGUACCAACAAAUUAUGCUGCGUUUAAUUAUAAUCUCUACUUAUUAUUAAGAAUUACUCUUCUUGAUAUCGAGAACGAUGUUACGGUUUUUUUUCCCUUUUUUCUUUUAGCACGUUUCAGGCACGCGCCUAGACUAUAAGCACGCUAUAUAUUCUUUCUCCCAUUAAGUUGCUUGGCUAUUAAUUUCCUAUCAACUGUUAUUAUUGAUUAACUAAUACAUCUACGUCUCGAAUCA